AUGCGUCGACGAAUAACUAGUUUACUUAUUAAAGAAAUUUGGUCAAAUAAAUUAUUUGAUGAAAAUAGACUUGAAGAAAAAACAAAUAUUAAAUUAACUGAUUAUGUAUUUGAUUAUUUAACAAAAAGAUUUAAUAGUAAAGAAAUAGCUAUUGAAAUCUGUUAUAAUAUAAAAGAUGCAUGUAAUCGAUAUCAAAAUCGAUAUGAAAUAAAUUUAUUUUGGCAAAUAUUAACUGGACAAAUCGAAGAAAAUGUUUAUUAUUAUGAAAUGAAAGAAUUUGCUCGUAUUCUUCAAUAUUUAAUUAAAUUAUGUCCACAUUCUUCAUCGCAAUCUUUAUUGUCAACAAUUCGAUGGUCCGAUUUGGUGACUGCUCUUCAUGAACUUUAUCCAAAUUGGACAAAUGAACGUAUAUCACUUUUGAUUAUUGCAGCUGAAAGAGAUCUAAAACAAUCAUCAAAAGAAAGAAAUGAUUUAGAAUUUUUAUUAUUAUUUACGGAAGAUGAUGAAGGUCAUAUAGGAGAAUUUCUGAUGACUAUACGUCAACAGUUAAAAUUAGAUAAAAUUGAAUAUAUUGAAAAAAUAAAAGAUCUACUGAUCGGAUAUCCAUUAAUAUCAAUUAAUCAAUUCAAACAAGCUGUAGAACUUGUUGAUCCACAUAUAUCGAAAGAAGAACUUCAACGAUAUAUCAAUUGGGUAUUUGAACUUGAAAAGAUAUCAUUAACGUCAAAUAAGGAAGCAAUAUUAUCGAAAACAAAUGAAAAUAUUCAAUUGAUCAAACAAAUACAAAAACGUGAUUUUGAAGAAAUUAUUCUUCGUUUAGAAUGUUGUUCUUGUUUUAUGCAUUAA